CCUAUCUCACCCACAUCGUCACCCACCACGGCCAGCUCACCCUCAUCCCGCCCCAGAACGCAGGCCGCAUCCGCAGCCCAAAGACCAAGAAGAAGCGGCAGGUCGACCCCGCCGCACGACGCCUCGACGACGAGCCUCGCUUCACCACCGCCGUCCCGCCCUCCGCCUCCAGGCGCAUCCACCCACCCCCACCCCCACCCCCGCAGGCUCGCCCCCGCAGGCAGCCUGCCCCGCAGCCGGCGAGACAACCUGGCGAUCCGCUGCUCGAUGUCAUGGACACGCCUGUACCGGACUACCCUCCGCCCUCCUUCCAGGAGGCCAUUCUCUCCUCGCCAUCCGUCUACACUCUCCCCUCGUCGCCCUACGCAAAUUCCUCUUACGCAACCUCCUCCUAUUCCGCGACCCCGCAGACAAGCCCGCCCGCAUCUCCAGCCGCGGAUUCCCUCUCCUUCAUGCGUGACGUCUCGCCGUCUCGCCGCUCGCCGCUCUCUCCCGACCCGCCCUCAUCCGCCAUGUCCGGUCCGUCCGACGACCCAGGUUCAGACUCAGACGACUCCAGCGUCGAACUCGUCACGCUCGAGCCCGAACAGCACUGGGAGGCCGAUCGCAGCACCGGCUUCAGCCUCCACCAACGCGUCCAGCGUGAGUUCGUUCGCCAGCAUGCCGCCGAGUCCAGCACGACUGUCAAUCUCCUCCGUACACCCGAUACCCGCACAUCCCACGACACGAGUGCCUCAAUAUCCUCGACACACGGAACGCGUCCGCGGCGUUGCUCGCAUUGCGGGUCAUUGCGGCCUGCCGGAGACGUACAGAGUGGCGGCGACGACGAUGAUAGCGUUGGGAGGGAGGGCGUUGGUAAUCGGGAGUGCUCUAUCCGGCGGCGCAACCGCGAGAAGAUGCACCGCUCGCUCGACCUGCGCGUGCGCGAUACAUCGCCACCGCCCUCGCCCGCGUCGACCGUCGACGCGCCUGCGUUCAGCCCGUGGGCCAGCACCGCAACGCUGCUCAGCAGUGCGUUCUCGAUCAACAAGCCGGCCCCGGCCUCGCCUGGUAACAACGUCAAGCGGAAGGAGAGCGUUGGGCUGCGGAAGCUGUUCAUGAAGGGCAAGGAGAAGGAGCGGGGGAGGGAGAAGGAGGAGAAGACCAGAGACGAGUACAGUGAGCCGCGCUCCCCGUCGUCCAAUGACGACCUGCAUUCCUGGGAGGAGAUUACGCCCUCCGAGGCUGAGGGAGACGGCGUACCGACGUCGCCUGCGUCGCCGAAGAGGGACAAGCUGCCCUGGACGCCAGAGAGGCCGCCUCAGCCACUCACCACACCAGUCCUAGCGCCUCCGCCGCGACCGGCGCGUCGCAACCGACACGUUUCGCCGUACGUCCUCCCCCCGCCGUCCCUCUCCGACAUCCCCUUCCCUCCGGAGAAGGCACCUCGUGCGACGCAUCCUGCUCCGUCUCCGGCCACCUCUACGCCUCCUGCCCCUACUGCACACCCCGCCUCCCCGGUACGACCUCAUCCACCCUCGCGCUUGGCGAGGGAAACCCACCUUUCCUCACCGACGCCCCUUAGCAGCUCGUCUCCGAUACCGAGGCCGCGGCCGCCGCGCGACCGCAGCCCGCUCAUCGGACGCUUCAGGCGUCCAGACAUCGACGCGCCCUAUCCGGCGUCGAGGAUGUCGAUCGAGCCGGCUGUGUCCGUGACGGGAUCCAGCGAUAGUAGCUCGGGUUCGUCAGUCACUGUGCCGACGGUGCUACGUGCGGGCAACGAUGGCCCGGGCUUUCCCUCGAUUCUGGACAUUCGUCUCUGACAUGCAACACAAACACGAACACGCACGAAGGUGUGGGUGGAGGCCCUCAAACUACUUCGACCGUGGUGCGUCCCACGUCGCCUUUGGCUCUCCCGCCCCUCCAGACGUCCCAUGCCUCUGUAUCAUCGAACGGUGAGGCAGCGGUUGCGUCUUGCG